UCUGAAUGUGUUCAGCGUCAGUAUCACUUUAUAAAUGAGAACAAGUACUGGGCUGAAGCUCAGAGUUACUGCAGAGAGAAUUACACAGAUCUGGCCACCGUUCACAACAUGAACGACAUGAUCGAGCUGAACAAGAGUGUGAAAGUGAAUGAUGGAGUUGUCUGGAUUGGUCUUCAUGGUACAAAUGAUAGUAAAUGGCAUUGGUCUUCAGGUGAUCCUGUGCUCUUUGUGAACUGGGCAUCUGGACAACCAUACAGUGGUGAUAAUUGUGCUGUUAUAAAAAAUGGACAGUGGUUUGUUGGGGCAUGUACUGCCAUCUGGACUUUCAUCUGCUACAACAUGAGCAGAGGACUGGUGUUUGUCAAUCAGACGAUGAACUGGAGAGAUGCUCAGAGUUACUGCAGACAGAAUCACAUUGAUCUGGUCAGUGUGAGGAACCAGAAUGAGAAUCAACAGCUGGAGAAGUUCAUUAAUGACAGUCGGGCAUUUGGAUCUGAAGUCUGGAUCGGUCUGUUCAGAGACCCAUGGCAGUGGUCAGAUCAGAGCAACUCCUCAUUCAGAUACUGGAAACCUAGUGCACCUUAUGCUCCAGAUGAUAAACACUGUGCAGCUGUUGAAAUAUUCAGUCAGGGACAAUGGGAUGACUACUUGUGUAGUGUUAGAUGGCAGUUUCCUUUCGUGUGUCAUGAAGGUGAUUUCUGCUUUGUUUUGUGUCCAGAUAAACUGAUUGUGAUCCAGCAGAAUCUGUCGUGGUCUGAAGCUCUGAGAUACUGCAGACAGAAUCAUGUGGAUCUGGUCUCGGUUCAGUCAGUGGAGAUGCAGCGUCGUGUGAUGAACGUGGUUAAACUGGCGUCUACUGAGGCGGUGUGGUUGGGUUUACACAACUACUGCAGCAUGAACAUGUGGCUCUGGGUCAGUGGAGACAUGGUGUGCUAUCAGAACUGGGCUCCAGGGAACGGCAGCACACCGGAAAACUGCAAACUGGAGAAGAGAAAAGGAGCAGUUCAGUCUGGAGGAGAUCAGACCUGGAUCAGCCUUCCUGAAUCUCACAGACUCAACUUCAUCUGCACUAACUACUGAGAGAAAAGACGUGAGAUUGUUGGUGUUUACUUCCAUUAACUGUUUUCACACUGCAUUAUUUUUAUCCUCAUUUACUUCUUAGUGUUGGAUUUUUUUUUACUUUGCUUUGGUUUGUGGAAAACAGCUGAUUGAAUGUGGACAAAAGUCUUUUAAAAAACUGUUACAUACUAAUAUUAUUAUUAUUAUUA